GAUUGGUUUGCGCCUUUGCGCACGGAUUUCAAAUAAGAAGCCGCAACUGGCGGAUUUUUCAGACGUAGAGGAUUUUAACUUUGUCAAGCGACUUCUCUGACGGGAAGAUAGCGGCGCGGAGAGAGCCGAAGGAACAGAAACAAAACGCCUUCGACGUUAUUUUAGGAGAAUAACUGAAGAGAUCACCACACUGCUCAGUCAGAGCACACGUUUACUUAGAAAAGAGUUGCCAUGAAAUGUCCCACGAUCAAGUCUGCUAAAGGGAACACGAUGGAGAAAAGCCCAUUAGCAGAAGCAGCAGCUGCAGAGUCUAAAGUAUUCUAUGUCAAAGAUUCCCCCAAAAAAGAGCCAGCCCCUGUUAUAUCUCAGGAUCGGCCAGCUGGACAGACGACGGUCUUCUUCUCCACAAAGGGCAGCACCAGUGCAGUUCACAACAAAGAGAACAACACUGGCAGAGAGCAAGAUGGGGCCCUGGAAGAAUACUUUGAGGACAGCGGUUAUUUAUCUUUGCAGAAUAGUCAUAUUGAUCACCAUGGAGAUGAAGAAGAGGACCAUAUCGCUGAGACACACCAGGGGAAAAGGCUUUCAUCAAGUAAUUCCCCCUCAAAAAGCCAGCAAAGGACUAGAAUCAGCUUUUUAGGGUCUCUGGCAGUUUCCACACCUGUGGAUUGUCAUGGAAGGAGCACAGCAGCUCUGUCGUCCACCCCCACCCACCAUCACUUCACCCCCAACCUGCCCAUUUUAAGAUUCCAGCAGGCUGUUUGUGAGGAGCUCACAAAGAGCUACAAGAAGAACAGGAGGUAUGACUUUAGCGUCAUCUCAAAGAUAGCAGAGAAGUAUCCUUUGGAUCGUGUGAUCGGAGGACAAAUCGGCCUGGAGAACGUCGACGUGUUCACGUCUCUGCUUUCCAGGAACAUGAAAGGCAUCCUGACAGAUAUUCUGGCUCUGCUGGGAGACUUGGACCUCAUAAGUUGUAAGAAUGUGAGCAAGACGUGGAAGAAAAUUAUAUGUGAGGAUUCGGCUGCUGCGAGGAGGUGUCGGCAAGCUGAGCAGGCACUCAGGGAGUCGAGAAGCUCUCACAGAAAUCCUGCUAGCGGUCUGACCAGAGACGUUGGUGCAUCCAGGGUGGUGCUAUCCUGCAUGCAGGCUCUGGCCUCCAGACACACUGCUUCCUGCCAGAAGAGCAGCAUGCCCUCACAGUGCACACGCUUCAAUGAAUAUGUGCAAGCUGCCAGCACUCUGAAGCGGCACGAGUCUCUGCGCUCCUGCAGGCGCUGCGGGUCUCCUGCCACCCACUGGGCUGAGGCCCAGAGGGCCACAUGCUCUCGGUCCAGCUGCCUCUUUGACUUCUGCACUCGCUGCCAGGAGCCCUUCCACGGCUCCGUCCCCUGCCGGACAGUCAAACCUCAUUUUCAUUCAGCUCCUUCCAAAGAAACCGCCAUCAUCCCGGGCAGCGCUCGCAGCAAGAGAAACGUCAAGCGCUUGUGAUAAAGGGUCAUUCCAGCCUGCUGUUUUGGUUUUUUUGUUGCUUUUUUUUUUUUAAGAGACUACAUAAAUGUUGAGAACGGCAUCAUAAAUGACUGCAGCACGCCGACCAGAUGAGAUGAGCACUUGAAGCACAGCUGGAGCAAUCUACCCGAAACUGUUGCUGCUUGUGAGCGGCAACUUUUAUUGUAUAUAUAUAUAUAUACUUUUUUUUUUCUUCACAAAGAAAGCUAUGAAAAAUGUUGAGCUUUAAACUGUACA